CAUUUAUUGCAAAAAAGUUUAUUAUAAAUUUUUUUUUUUUUAAAUUCCCGCCUAAAACAAUGCGCUUUAUUUGCAGUAUAGUACAAUUUUUGAUACCUGGUGAUGCUUUAUAGCAUCAGUAAAUGGUAAAUAAAUGCUGCUGCUCAUUUGUAAGUUCUUUAAAUGCUGAUUGUAAAAAUUGACAUAAAAAUCCAGAGUAAUGAUCGUGCAAUAUUUCAAAUGAUAUUUCUACCAGUCACAUUGUGCUUAUGCUGCUCUCCUUUUAGAUCAUGUAUGCGUAUCCCGUGUUCCGUAAAACUCCUCAGGGUCGACUCCUGAUGGGGCCGACUGAGGAGGCAAAUAGGAGUACGGUGGUGGUGGCCGGGAGGGCCCGGCGUAAGGAGGAGGUUCUGGCCGAGGCCACUGCCUUUGUGAGGCAGAACGGAGGGGAUCCUGGUGACCAGUUCCUGGUUCUGGCUCAUUGUAAGAUCCAGUUUGGAAAACACCAGAACCAGAGGUUCCGCUGGCUGCUGGAGAACUCCCUGGGUUACGCGGUGUACCUGGUCAGCAGCAUCAUGGGGGAGGAGGAGAGGGACAACCCGCUGUCGGCCAGCAAACACCUGUUUCUCAGGUACACCUCCCAGAUCAGGGAGAUAGGGGAGGCUGUGGAGGUGUAUCGGAAGAAACAGGCCUUGCUCCAGGAGGCCCAGAGGAGCGGUGACUCUGGGUGUUUGAUGGUGGAGUUUGGCGACUUCAAGGGCAGGUCCAUGAAGGAGGUGUAUGAGGACCCAGGCAAGGAGGCCCAGGCUCUCGUCACCUACCUGAAGACAGCAAAGGCAAGGCCCAACACCAACAUGGCCCUUUUCAAGGACUAUGUGCUGUAGAGGCAGGCUUCAGCUGUAGCCCACCUGCCCACUGUGACAGCUCCUUCCUCCUCCUCCUCCUCCGCUGCUGCUCCACCUGCUGCUGCUCGACCUGCUGCCACUCAGAGCAGGCCCCUGACGGCUGCCGGCGUUAACGCUCUGCUGGCACGUGGGAAGCAUUUGUCUCCCUCACAGUUGGCACGAAAAAUUGUUUCUCCAGCCAAACCCUCUCCAGUGCCACGUGUCCCCUCUCCGUCUACAUCCGCUGCCCGCAGACAGCUCUUUAACUGUGACGCUGUUGGUGCUGCUGGGGAUUUUUUUAAGGAGCAAGACGACCAGGAGAUGGUGACUGUGGCCUCGCAAGCUGAGGAAAAACUACCUCAAGCCUCAAGAGGCCCUGCUCCUCCUGCUCCUGCUCUUGCUCCUCCAGCGCUGUGGACUCCUGGCCCCGUGUUCCAGCCCCCUGCAGAGCUUCCUGGACACUGGAAGGAGCAUCUUCCAUCUUUCCAGCAGGACUGGAUCCGGAAGGCUUUAUUCAGGGCUAACCCUAAAACAGGGAAGCCAGAGCUGGUGCCACAGCUCACCUUCUGGUGGUACCCUCCCCAGCCUCCGACCACCUUCACCCAGCCUCCUGCCUCUCCUGAUCUCUUCUUCUGCCGCCCUUUGUUUCUCUGGAUGCCUCUGAAGAUGUGGUCCAUUCCACUCAUCUGUGUCCAGCCAGCUUGCAAUAGUCACAGGCUGACUGCAGCUGGCCUGUACAGCACUGUGCGCAAGGUGCUGGACAUAGAUGGGUGGUAUGAUAUGGCCACAGAGUAUCUAGAGUGCAAAGGGUGUAAGAAGAAGUAUCCGGCCUGGUCAGAGGACAUCCUGGGACAGCUGGACAUGGGACACCGCAGGAAAUUCCCCGCCCUUCUGACAUACAGGUACUCAUGCGACUACAGAGUGGUCAUCCUGAUGCGGGAGAGAACACAGGGCAACAGCGUCACGCAGCUUCACAAGAAGCUGCAAGAGGAGCACAGCGCAGCAUGGACCCGCCGCACGCUGGAGUACUUUGCUGCCUGUGAGCCCUUCACUGACUCCUGUCUGGUCGAGCCGCCAGUGUUCUCUGCCCCCCCGCCCCUCCCGGCCCUCCCUAAACCCAAGUGGCUUCUGGCUGUGUACGCCAGGGACGUCCUGUCACGGCUGCCUGAGGUAAAGGCCAGAAUAACCUCUGUCUUUGGCUCCGUGCUCAAGAUGGACUCCACCAAAAAGGUUACCAAGAAACUGGCCGGUGCAGCUGCCAACACAGCUGGGUGGUGCACCAAUGUGGGCAAUGAGCACGGCCAGGUUCUGGUGUCAGUCCUGACAGCAGCAGAGGGCCAUGGACUGUGGCCCAUGGCGGCUGGUCUUAUGAGGCGCUACAGGGAGGCAGGAGUGGCACCUCCUGCCAUAAUGUAUGUGGACCGGGACUGCUGCAGCCCCCACGGACAGUCACAGGUCAGGGCUAUGUUCGCUGAGUGGAGGGAGCUUCAGGUGCGCCUGGACAUCUGGCACUUCAUGCGGCGUUUUGCAGCAGGAGUCACCACUGAGGCUCAUCAGCUGUAUGGAGUAUUCAUGGCUGGACUGUCCAGGUGCAUCUUUGAGCUGGAUCCGGCUGAUGUUGCUGCUCUUAGGCUGGCCAAGCAGGGGCAGCUUCUGGCCCAGGGAGUUGGUCCAGUCUCUGAGAAGGCCCUGGACCAGAUGAUCACCAGGAGGGAGUUGGCUCUUCAUUGCCGCAAGAGGACCAGGGGAGCAGAGGAGACAGCCAGGAGGAUCAAGGCCCUGGUCGAUGAGAUGGACAGUGAGAAGGGGAGGGACACUCUUGGAGUGCCCCUGGUGGACCACGAGCGCAUUCAGCAGGUCUGGAAGGACCAGCAGAGACACAUCACCUGUAUUCAGGACCCAGAGGGCUUCUCUCUGUACCUGAAGACAGGGACACUGAAAAAAGGUGGUGUGGACCUCUGCUGCUACCGCUGUGCUCGUGGCUCCACCUCCUUGGAGUCCUUCCACCUCCAUCUAAAUCGCUUCAUCCCAGGGACCAGUGCCAGCGACGCCCACUUCCAGGCCUACCUUCUGGAGGGUCUGAUGCGCUGGAACCAGGACCGCAUGGAGGAAGCUGUGAGAGGAAGCUGUGAGCUGAGGAUUUACAGCAGCGCUGAGAGGGAGGCCAUGGACCGACUCAGCCGCAAGAUCCUCAAGAGGCCCUUGGACGAGCGCUACCAGCCUCCUGGGUCAUAUACAGGGGAGCUUCUUGGCAUGGAGUACCUUUACAGUCAGUCUGGUCGUUCGCUGACUGUAAUGGACAACCCAGAGGAAGAGGAUCGGCUGGUGGAGCUGAUGGAUGAUGAGGCGGUGCGCGAUGAAGGCUUUGUGGAGGAAGAACCCGAGGACCUGACCGUGCCCGUCCUCUUUGCUCCAGAACACAGCAGCGUCCAGCAGGCCUCCAGCCCCUCUUCCUCUGCACCGUCCACAUCCAGCCGAGGAGAUCCAUGUCAGCUCCUCAACCAGAGUCCUCUGCCUCCUCCUGUGCCGUCUCCCCUGCAGCGCUCUGUCCAGCCUCCUCUACAGCCUCCUCUACAGCCUCCUCCUGUGCAGCGCCCUGCUGAUCCUCCUCUGCCUCCUCCUCUGCCUCCUCCCCUGCAGCGCCCUGUCCAGCCAACUGGAGCCUCUGGUCCUGCAGCAUCAGCUGGGUCCAGUGUUGCAGACCAGGCCCCUGCUGCAGUCCUCGGACCUGACGGCAUCCCAGGCUGGGAUAAGGUCCAGGACUUGGCCGAGUACCUGGUGUCCCUGCGUCAGGCGCUCUAUCUGGACGAGCAGCAGGUCACAGAGACCAUCCGUCUGUGGACCGCUCUGCCUGAAGGGGACAAGAGGCGGAUCAAUUAUCAGCCCAGGCACCAAGACAAGCUGGCCCACGGCCGCUUUAAGGCCCCCAGGAAUACGGGCGUCACCCCGGGUGUGGACAGCGUCAAGAGGUGCCUGAUUGGUCAUCCAGGGGGACCGGCUCAGUGGCCCAGCACCAGUCGUCUGGUUGAGGCUCUGUGCAUUAAAUUGUGUUCACUGCACAAGUCUCCAACUAAGAAGGAUGGAGUGCGGCUUCCUCGGUGGACCAAGGUGCUCACGGACUACCACCACAUCCGCGACCUGGUGCUGGACUGCCACCCCCUGAUGGAGGCCACCUCACUUCAGCUUUUUGUCCUCAACCAGAGGACUCUGACACAGUGGUUUAAUCGAAGGGAGAGCACGCAGGAGAUCAGUGUCCUCACCCAGGGCCUUGCUGCAGAGGACCACAUCGUUGUGGCCAGCUCACAGCUGCCUCCUCCGCGGGAGAAGCUGGAAGAAGUGCCGUCCCCAUCAGGACUCCAGCAUGAGUUUGCCCUCCCGCCGAACAGAGCAGGACAGGCUCCUAAGCUGCGGCCAGGCAGACGACCUGCUAGUGCCACAGUCGUGCAGCCCGUCACCCCAGCAGCUCCUCUUCCUGUCCCAGCUCAGCUUCUUUUAUUGAACCCUGGGUCGACAGUGAUGGCAGCAGGUCAUCAAAGGGCUGCUCCUCCCCUGGCUCCUUAUUUAACACCUGCCACACAGGCGGCUCCUGCACCCACUGCUCCUGCGUCUCUGUCCCGCUUCACUGAGAGGAACAGGCGACGCAGGGCAGAAGAGGAGGCCACCGGGAGCCAGAAAAGAAAGUACGUGCGAGAAGUGGCUUUUAACAAAUGCAGCAAAUGUGGGCAGCCAAAAACUAAAGAGUUUGGCCACAGCCGCUUCGGCAGCGCCACUUUCUGCCCCAGUGCUUCAGAGGGCAAAUCCUUGGAGCAGUGGCUGGUAGAACAGCGGCAGCUGAAGAAACCGGGAAACCCACCCUGAUAAUGAUGAU